CUUCACUAGUCUGAUUGCGCGAGGAUACCUCAGUCUGUUCCAAGAUAAUUGUCACUCCAUUCUAUGCCGAAGGCUCUUGGCUCGCUGAGAUGUCUCAAGCCCGCCAAACAGUUUCCACUUCAGCCAGUGGUUCUCGGAUUGAAUCACUCGCAGAAACUCAUCAUGAAGGCCCUUCAACAACUCGAAUCUCAGCAACGUUGAGACUACGUGCAGAGAACACAGAAGAUCAGCCCGUGCCUAUUGAGGGAACUACGAACCAGACAUCAUCUCGACACAUACAGUGGAGUGAUGAUGUUAUAGAUAACGAAGGAAUGGGAAAGAAAAGCUCUAAAGUCUGCUGCAUUUAUCAUAAGGUUCGGCCUAUCGGCGAAAGUAGCUCAGAAUCCGAAUCGUCUGAUUCCAGUGCAUCCGAUUCCGACUCCGACGCCGAAAAUGAGACUCGCUGUAACAGCGAGCGGCGGUCUCGUCAUCACGGUGGUUGUGGUCACAGUAGUCAUCAGCAUGCGUCAUCAGACCGGAUAUUCAGUGCUAGAAAGACGAGGCAAAGGAAGCCAAGUCCCAAUGCCUAUGAGAAGAUGCCCAAAACAAGAAGAGACCGCUGAAUAGGUCUUCUUCAUCACUAAGGUAUCUUGCAACGAUAAGAGACUUUUGAAGAUAAUUCCGAUACCUGGACAGUUCUAGGCAUAUACCUCCGACUUGUCAGCUCGAGUUCAUUCGGGCGAAGUGUAACCUAAUCUCCUGUGGACUGCUGUGGACGGGAUUCACUGCCACAACCCGGUCACUUUUCUACAAGCUUCCUGGGUGAGGGUGUGCUUCUAAGGUGGGUUACUUGCCCUCUGUGGGGUCGUUUGUUUCGGAGCUUCUGCUACAUCUCUGUCUAUCAUUGUUGGAAGUCCGGCUCGGCAUUGCGACAGUUUCUCCUUCCUACGGCUCAAGAGAUUAUCAUGUGAUAUGCAAACCAGUCUAAUUGUGGUAUUAUAUACAAAGCAUUGUUUCCAUC